CCAAAAUUAUUAUUCCCUUUUAAUCUUAUUGCCAUCUUUCAUUUAUUGUUUUUUGAGUAUAUAACAAGACUAGUAAGAUUAUCUCAUCUCACUUCACCGUAGCCAUAAGAUUAUUAUAAUUAAGAUCCCACAAAGCACAUCACAGAUAAGAGAGAAGGGAUGGGAGUGGUGGUUAUUGACGGCACGACCGUUAGGGAUUUCGUUAACGACGACGCACACUUCAACAAGAGCGUUGAUGAACAAUUCACGGCGCUUGAUACCAACAACGACGGCGUUUUGUCACGCUCGGAGCUCCGCACCGCCUUCGAGUCCAUGAGGCUCAUCGAGACGCACUUCGGCAUCGACGUCGCUACUUCGCCGGAGGAACUCAAGAAACUCUACGAUUCCAUCUUCGAGAGGUUCGAUGGUGAUGGAAGCGGCGACGUCGACAAGAACGAGUUCAGAUCCGAGAUGAAGAAGAUCAUGCUCGCAAUCGCUGACGGUUUGGGAUCUUUUCCGAUCCAGAUGGUUCUCGAAGAUGAUGACAACAGCUUGCUCCAGAAAGCUGCAGAUCUCGAAGCUUCUAAGACCGCCGCUGCUUGAUUUCCGCCGUCAUCGGCGGUGGCGGUGGCGGUGGCUCCGCCUUCCUUCUUUUGUUGCUUAUCUUGGUAUCACGUUGUCGUUUUGUGUUGUUUUCAGUUGUCGUUUUGGUUAUGUGGAAAUAAUGAGUGGCGACUGGUACGGGAAUUGACUUUGUCUUUGUAUAUCGUUUUUUUUUGUUUUGUUUUAUUGGGCCUUUUUUAUAUGUAAGAUGAAUAAUAAAUAAGUGGGCCUAUUAACAUGAAAAUGGGCCUAAUGGGCCUAAUGUGAAUCCAAAGUAGUGAAAAUGUAACUACAAAAAGUAGAAAGAAAAAAGCCUACAAAAACUUGACAUAUACGAGCUCAACCUGUGGACAAAAACAUAGUUACUUCAUUUUA